AUGGUCAGCUCCUGUUGUGGCUCCGUCUGCUCUGAGCAGGGCUGUGGCCAAGACCUCUGCCAGGAGGAGUCCUGCUGCCGCCCCAGCUGCUGCCAGCCCAGCUGCUGCCGCCCCACCUGUUGUAUCUCCAGCUGCUGCAGGCCCCAGUGCUGCCAGCCCUCCUGCUGCCAGCCCACCUGCUGCCGCUCCAGCUGCUGUGUGUCCAGCUGCUGCCGCCCCACCUGCUGUGUGUCCAGCUGCUGCCGGCCCCAGUGCUGCCAGUCUGUGUGCUGCCAGCCCACUUGCUGCCGCCCCACCUGCUGCCAGCCCACCUGCUGCCACCCCACCUGCUGCAUCUCCAGCUGCUGCCGCCCCAGCUGCUGCAUCUCCAGCUGUUGCAGGCCCCAGUGCUGCCAGUCUGUGUGCUGCCAGCCCACCUGCUGCCGCCCCACCUGCUGUCGCCCCAGCUGCUGCCGCCCCACCUGCUGCAUCUCCAGCUGCUGCCGCCCCACCUGCUGCAUCUCCAGCUGCUGCAGGCCCCAGUGCUGCCAGUCUGUGUGCUGCCGUCCCAGCUGCUGUCGCCCCACCUGCUGCAUCUCCAGCUGCUGCCAGCCCAUCUCUUGCCAGACCACCUGCUGUAGAACUCAGUGCUGUCGCCCCAGCUGCUGUGUGUCCACCUGCUGCCGCCCCUGCUGCUCCAGUGGUUCUUGCUGCUGA